UGAGGACAGCACCAGGAGGCGGCCCCGAGCGCGGCCACAAAGACCCCGGGCGGCGUCUCUCCGCGGACCGGUUCCACUUUAACUCCGUCAUGUCCUUCGGCAGAGACAUGGAGCUGGAACACUUUGACGAGCGGGAUAAGGCUCAGAGAUACAGCAGAGGGUCGCGGGUGAACGGGCUGCCCAGCCCAACGCACAGCGCCCACUGCAGCUUCUACCGAACCCGCACGCUGCAGACCCUCAGCUCAGAGAAGAAGGCCAAGAAAGUUCGUUUCUAUCGAAAUGGAGACAGAUACUUCAAAGGGAUUGUGUAUGCCAUCUCCCCAGACCGCUUCCGAUCUUUUGAGGCCCUGCUGGCUGACUUGACCCGAACUCUGUCGGAUAACGUGAAUUUGCCCCAGGGAGUGAGAACAAUCUACACCAUUGAUGGGCUCAAGAAGAUUUCCAGCCUGGACCAGCUGGUGGAAGGUGAGCGCUCACUCCCAAGUGACCCUAGAGGAUGCGUUCUCUCAUGUAUCCACGUUGUUCUGGGCACCUGCACUUGA